AUGAAGACAACGCCCACUUUCGUUCACCUCUUUUUGGUGCUCAUUGUCACCACCUUGGCCCUCGGUCGCCUUGAAACCUCUGAGUCCAAAUGUCUUGAUUCUCAGCAAAAUGGCUUUGACUGGUCCGGCCUCUCAGUUGGUCCGUUCUCGACCUUUGAAGGCUUCAACUUCCGUGGUUUCAAGUGCAGCAACACCUUCGCUAGCACCAGUGCUCGUACUCGUGAUAUCAAGUCUAUUACUGGCACUGCAACUAAGGCUAAGGGUGUCACUGUGCCUUCGUUUUCUACCAAGGACAACACUCACUUCUCUAUUUCGACUCUCCAUGUGGCAACUUCCGAAAUUGCUAACUUGGACCUUGUUCAUACGUUGGCUGAUGGAUCUACUUGCCAUAACUCCGUCUCGGUCAGUCCUAAGGGUACCACCAUCCCUGACAACAAGUGUGCUGGUGCCACCUCGGUUGCGUUUGAGCUUCCUGCAGACAGCAAGCACAACAGUGUCGACUUCGCCGUCUACAAGAUCUCUUUUGACUGCACCUCUGGCAAGGGCUCUGAAGAUUCUGAAUUGAAGAAGCGUGCUAUCAGUGUCGGUCCUCCAUCGACCCCAGCGGCCGAGUCUACUCCUCUCGCAGCAACUACCCCAGCUGCUGGGGCGUUGACCGUUUCCGUCGCUUCAACUCCUCAGGUUGUCCCAGUCUCAAGCUCAACCACAUCUGCCGUUGCCCAAACUUCGGCUGCGUCUUCGAGCUCCGUUGUGGCCUCUGUGUCUACCUCAUCGGCGGUUACCUCGUCCAGCUUUGCGGUUGUUAGCUCAUCCAGCAGCUCUACCGCCCACUCAGUCUCUGCGCCUGUGGUUGUAUCUUCGUCAGUGGCCUCAGCUAGCUCCGCUUCCUCGAGCUCUGCGGUUUCUUCAAGCCCCGCAGGUGUCGCCAGCGCAUCCAGCUCCAGUAGCUUCUCGACUCCCUUGGCUUCAGCUUCCUCGCUCCGUGGUUCCUCUCCGGCUGUCAGCUCUUCCCCGGUUGUCACCAGCACCCCGGUCAAGCUCACAACUUCGACAAUCUACACCACUAGCGAAAUCACUGUGAUUAGCUGUGCGCCAGAAGUGACCAACUGCCCCGCUCACUCCACUGUGAUCGUUACUUCCACCAUCCCGGUGCGCACGACUAUCUGCCCAGUGACUGAAACUGAGACUGCUCCCGGCGCUACUUCGACCCCGGCUGGCUCUGGUGGUGUGCAGCCCGUUUCUAGCGUGAUUUCUUCCACUCCAGUCCCUUCGAGCCAAUCGUCGGUUUCGGUUUCAGUCCCCGUCUCAACGCCAGGCUCGAGCCCUGCUGGCAGCUCCCCGUCGGUGUCUGUUCCAGGCCCUGCGUCGAUUUCGGUUUCGGUGCCUAUCUCCCGUUCAGCCUCCGGUACUGCUGUGGGAUCAACCACUCCUGCAGUUAGUGGCCCGCCUAAGCUGACUACUUCGACAAUCUACACCACUAGCGAAAUCACUGUGACUAGCUGUGCGCCAGAAGUAACCAACUGCCCUGCUCACUCUACUGUGGUCGUUACCUCCACGAUCCCCGUGCGCACGACUGUCUGCCCGGUGACUGAAACUGAAACUGGCCCUGCUGGUGCAUCGUCGACUCCCGUUGUCCCUGUUCCCAGUGGCACAUCUCCUGUGUCUUCCUCGGUUUCGGUUUCGUUGUCCCCUCGGCCAGUGCUCCUGUCAGCUCUCCUAGCCGAGUCCCCCUCGGGCUCAUCUCCAGUGACUGGAACUGUUUCGUCGUCUGUUCCGGUUGGUAGCUCGUCUGUCCCUUCGGAUUCAACCGUGACAGUCGUGACCUAUACCACCACCACCUCGUGCCCGGUUACUGAAACCCACACUUCCGGAUCUUCGACGUAUGUCUCCACUGGUCAUACCGUUUCAACCGUCACUUUGACUUCGACUGCGACAGUCUGCACUCGUUGCUCUGCUACAACCAGCACUUCUCCUGGUAUUCCUGCCACGACUUCUGUUGUGUCUGUAUCUGCUCCGAGCUCCUCGAGCCCGGUGUCUACACCCCCGAUCUCUGUCCCUCGUCCGUCUAGUGUGGCUCCUGUCUCGACCUCUGUCCCAGACUCUACCGUGACCGUUUCGACCAUCACCGUCAUCACUCGCACCACAGUCACUACUUGCCCUGUUACCAGCACUGUCACUACUGGUGGAACCUCAACCGUUAUCACAACUCACUCGCUGUCCACAGUCACAGUGACCGACACUUCCUCCAUCGCUGUUACCUCCACAGUUCCCGUUUCAACUGUGCCAGCUACUCCCAUUGUUACUGUAAUCACUGAUACCUCUUCAGGAGUGAAGACUGUUACGGUAACCCCGCCUCCGGUUAUUGUGACUGGUAGUGCCACCGGUGUCAGCCCUCAGUCGACCCCAGAGGCUGCUGGAUCAACUGUGACUGUUGUGACCUACGUUACCACCACUGAGUGUCCAGUUACCGCAACAGUUACCUCUGGUACCUCGACUCUUGUGACCACCUCAAGCACUAUCUCGACAGUGACCCUGACUAGCACAUCCACUAUUCCUGUCAUCACCCCCGCUCCAGGUGCUAGUGCUGGAGCAACUUCAGUGGUGCCAGGGGACUCUACAGUCACUGUUAUCACUCGCACCACCGUCACUUCGUGCCCGGUGACCAAUACCAUCACUAGUGGUGGAUCCACGAGUCUGCAGACUACCCACACUCUGUCCACUGUUACUCUGACAGAGACUUCGACUGUCUGCACCAGGUGCAUUGGAGGUGUAAGCCCAACCUCGCCACCUACUGUCGGCUCUGGUGAAUUCUGCCCCGGAAUUGUGACCGAGUGCAUUAAGGAGGAGCUUGCGCUCACUCGCAACCGCACUUCUGUGAGCAACGCUGGAUUCUACUGCCCUAGCAAGAAUGCCACUUCAUUCAUUCAGUCUUGCAUCAGCAAACGUGGUACCUCUGACUCUGAGGUCGCUUCGGCCCUCUCCUGCUUCGCUGGAAUUUGCGCCAAAUGGGUCGGUCAGAACCCCGGUAUCGUGACUGGUAUUCCCAAGAGCAUCACUCCCACUCCUCCUGGCGUCGCUCCUACCGCCUCCGGAGUGACCAGUGGCCUUGCUAUCACGCCGGCUCCCGGACGGUGCACAACUCUCACCUAUUCGACCUACACUGUCACGGCGCCCAUUGUUACCUUCGUGACCACUGUAGCGGGAGCCUCUCCCACUGUCAUCGUGGUUCCCGUCGGCGCGAGCAGCUCUUUGUCGUACCUUCCAGGGGGCCCACGUGCUACUCCACUGUCGUCCAUGCGCUCGUCGCUGAUCCCCAGCUCGGCGUCCAAAGCUAGCUCAACUCCCGCUGCCUCUGUGAGCCUGGUUCCACGCUCCAAGCACACGAACGCGGCCUCGUCUAUGUCUUUCGCUUCCAGCUUGCGCCCCAAUACGCGGUUUUGUCACCUCUCCCUCCAUCGCUCCGACAUAAAAGACAAGGUCUGCCCUCUCGACCUCUUUUUCCUUCCCUCUCCCUCUCGUCAACUCCUCUAUCUUGCACUCAUCGCCGCCCCCUUUCUUCCAUUCCGGCCCCCACCGACCAUUGCGCCUUGGCUUUCAGCCCGACGCACUAGCCCUUUCAUUUUAACGGAGAUGCCGCUCGAUCCGACGCCCAGCUCGUUCUGGCUCUUGAGCUGGAAUGGCAUUCGCACAGGAGCAGAACCACUGGGAUGA